AAAGCAAGGUAAAAACUCAUUCCGAAAGUCAGGAGAAAUCCAUACCAUCCAAUGGCGAUAAACGACUCUUCUUCUUCUCCCCCUCCGGCGAAACUUGUCACUAACGGCAAACCCGACCGCCGGCCGGAAGCCUUCGAAGGAAAUGUGACUUCCUUCGUUGUCCUGUCCUCCAUUGUAGCGGCCUUCGGAGGGAUCCUCUUCGGCUACGACAUCGGAAUAUCGGGCGGAGUGACGGCGACGGCCUCAUUUCUGAAACGGUUCUUCCCCCAUGUGUAUCAUCAGAUGCAGACGGACAAGCACGUCAGCAAUUACUGCAAAUUCAAUAGCGAGAUUCUGACGACUUUCACGUCCUCGCUCUACAUCGCCGGUCUAUUGGCAUCCCUAUUUGCCUCGCGGAUUACAGAGAGAUACGGCCGCCGGGCGUCGAUGCUCGCCGGAGGUGCCCUGUUUCUGGUCGGUUCGGCGGUCGGAGGAGCUGCGAUGAAUGUGCAGAUGCUUAUCUUGGCACGGAUUUUGCUUGGAUCUGGCAUCGGUUUCACCAAUCAGUCCAUUCCACUCUACCUAUCCGAGAUGUCGCCGCCGAAAUACCGAGGAGCCCUCACCGGCGGCUUCGAUAUCUGCGUCAGCUUCGGAAUCCUCGUCGCCAACCUCGUCAACUACGGAACCCAAAAAAUCAAAGCCGGCUGGGGCUGGCGUAUCUCCCUCUCCCUCGCCGCCUUCCCUGCCCUUCUCCUCUUCAUCGGCGUCCUCUUCCUCCCCGAAACUCCCACCAACAUAAUCCAGCGACAUGGCGGCGAUCUCCGAGAAGCCCGCCGCGUGCUUCAAAAGAUCCGCGGCACAGAAAACGUCGAAAAGGAGCUGCAAGACCUCGCAACGGUCGUAACCAAUGCCUCCAAAGCCGCGGAGGAAGAAAGCCCCUUUCGUCGCAUAUUUCGAAGAAACUACCGCCCCCAUCUCGUAAUGGCUCUGUUCCUCCCCUUCUUUCAGCAGGUCACCGGCAUCAAUGCCGUGAACUUCUACGCCCCUGUUAUGUUCCGCACCAUCGGGCAGAAGGAGAGCGCUUCCCUCAUGUCCGCGGUGAUCACGCGAUGCAUCUCCUUGACGUGCACGGUUGUGGCGUCGCUGUGGUUGGUGGACAGAUAUGGUCGGCGGCCUCUGUUUCUCACCGGCGGACUGGUGAUGUUUAUGGCUCAUGCGGUGCUCGGCGGGCUUCUGGCGGCGGAGCUACAUGAUCAUGGUUCGGUGCCUACUACCAUCGCUUACCUGGUGCUCGUAAUGGUCUGUGUUUUCGUGGGGAGCUACGGGUGGUCAUGGGGGCCGCUUGCGUGGCUGGUGACCAGCGAGAUCUUUCCUCUGGAGAUAAGGUCGGCUGGGCAGAGUAUUCAGGUGUCGGUGAACUUUCUCAGCACUUUUGCGGUGGCGCAGAGCGUGCUGGAGAUGCUGUGCAAUCUAAGAUUUUCAACUUUCUUCCUGUUCGCCGGAUUUGUUAUGCUAAUGACAUCGUUUGUGUUUUUUCUGGUGCCGGAGACGAAGGGCGUGCCGUUGGAUCAUAUGAUGGAGAUUGUUUGGAGUAAGCACUGGUAUUGGAAGAGGUUUGUGGUUUCUGGCAGGGGCGGCGAGGAGGUAGAAGGAAGAAUAAAGGAUAAGAACACCGAUGUUCUGAUAUGAAGGAUUUAGGGUUUGCUGGUGAAAAAUUCUUGGACUUGUGUUAAGUUUCUAGGCUUAUUUACAUAUUUUAUAACAAUUUAAUGUUAAUGCC